AAAUAUAAAAGAUCCUAACUAUAGAACAAAAUCAAGUUCUGCCAUGGAAAACAAAAUUGAACUAAACAACCGUUUGUAUACAGAUUUCGAUCCUUAUUGUAUUUGGCAUAGGAAGGAAGAUACUGAUACUCUUGAGGUUCAUCUUAAUGGUUUCAAAAGGGAACAGCUGAAGGUAAUUCGCUUCGACAAUGCGAGGACGCUAAAAAUCUCCGGAGAACGACCAUGGGACGACAACAACAAAUGGAGCUUUUUUUGCAAACAAAUCAAACUGGAAGAACCACCAUUGGACGACAACAACAAAUGGAUUCGUUUUAGCAAACAAAUCAAACUGGUCGACAACGUCAAAGUCAAAGACAUUAGUUCCAAGUUCGCCGGAGGGAUUCUCUCUGUUGAGAUGCCCAAGAAAUCAGAGAUUUUCUUCAUUUCCCAGGUGUUCGAAGUCAGCCAAAAGGCGACGGAGAAUGGAUGGGGUUGGAGGUUGAAGAAGGAUAAAAAUAUGGGCGUCAAAGUUGGGGUUGUGCUUGUGUUUUUGCUCCUGGGGUUUGGAAUUUAUGUGAAAUGUUUACGUGGAAAGCCGUAUGAUCUUUGUGCUAUAUUGAAAAGUAGUUGGUGAUAUGUAAAAAAUAGUGGGGUUCCAACUAUAUUUGGUGCGUAUAUGAAAUGUGUAAAAAACCUUUUAUGAACGAAGGUUUG